CCUAUAUAUGCGUGCCGCAGCCGCCUCGCAGCAUUCGCAGUGGACGCCCGCCGCAGCCAUGAAGGCCGCCCUGCUGCUCGUUUCGGCGCUCGCCGUCGUCGCAUUGGCCGCCCCCGAAGAGAAGUACACCACCAAGUACGAUAACGUCAACCUGGACGAGAUCCUCGCCAACGACCGCCUGCUCAGCAACUACGUCAAGUGUCUGCUCGAGGAUGGAGACGCCAGCUGCACCGCUGAUGGCAAGGAGCUGAAGAAAGUCCUUCCUGACGCUUUGAAGGACGAAUGUUCCAAAUGCAACGACAGGCAGAAGGAGGGCUCGAGAAAAGUUCUGAAACAUCUCAUCAACCACAAGCAAGAGACGUGGCAAAAGCUGAAGGCCAAGUAUGACCCCGAAGGGAAGUUCUCCAAAAAAUACGAGGAUAAGGAGAAGGAACUUCAUGCGUAAACGCUGUACCGCAACCUACGUUUUUUAAUAAAAUUUGUUUUGUUAUUCUACAA